AUGGAGGCCGACGACGAAACCGCUGCGCUAGCUCUUCAACUUCAGCUCGAAGAUCUUGCGUCAAUCCUCGCUCCCGCAGCCGACGAAAGAAAUGGCAACGGCGAGGCCGCGAGUGAUCGGACGUACGCGCUUCAGCUCUACCAGCGGGAACUCUCGACCCAGAAGACGAUUCUCGAUGACCGCAGGAUAGCGCGCGAGGUCCAGGCCGGCCGACGCAUCCUCACCACCACAGCGGAAGUAACACGAGCUACGCCCAGAGACCAGAGCUCCGCUCGUCAUAUUGCAGACCGUAGUAAUGCUGAUGACAGUAGCGGUGCUGCUACUGAAGGCCCUGCUUCUGAUACUACUACGAAUCCUACUUCUGCUGGUGAUGAGGAGGCCACUGUCACCACCACCGACGACCAUCACAAUGAGGAUUUGAAGGAGUUUCCGUCCAAGCCAACAAUUUCCAAUGUCUCGGAAGCAGAAGACACAAAGCCCUUCACCGCAGCCUCACCUCAGUCAACCAACGACAUCGUUCACAACGCCCGCGCCAUUGACGACGAUAUCGAAACGGGCGAGUCAUCCACUCAGGGAGCCAUCAAAGGCAAAGGCAAGCGCCCAGCCCCCAUUGGCGAUGACGAUGAAGACAGCGAGAGACCGAGUCACCUCAUCUGCGACAUCUGCCGCUCGAAGUACCCGUUUUUUGACGUCACAACGCUGUCCGCGUGCCAACACCGCUACUGUCGGGCCUGCCUUGACCAUCUCUUCUCACUCUCGCUCACCGACGAAAUGGUCUUCCCGCCGCGCUGCUGUAGCCAAACCAUCUCCUUCGAUGACGUCCGCGUCUACCUAUCUGCCGACACAGCGCGCGACUUCGAGCGCAAGCGACCUGAGCUGGAGACGGUGGGAAAGAAGUAUUGCCACAUAUCCACUUGCUCUACUUGGAUCUCGCCAACAGAAAUUGCGGAUGACGAGAAGGUCGGAACGUGUCCGAAGUGCGCAGCUCGGACUUGCGUGGUUUGCAAUGAGAAAGCGCACGAAGUUGGCGAGGAGAACUGCCCUGGAGAUGAGGCGAUGAAGGAGCUGCUACGUGCAGCUGGCGGAGAUGAGUGGCAGCGUUGCUACAGUUGCAACCACUUUGUUGAGCUGAACACUGGUUGUUAUCACAUUAGGUACGUGAUCCAGAUUCUCCCUCAGAUUCCUGUACUCUUUUCUUUUUCUUCUCAUUCUUCACGGUGA